CCCCCGCCGCCGGGGGACAUGGAGUUCGCCGAGCUGAUCAAGACCCCGCGGGUGGACAAUGUGGUGCUGCACCGGCCUUUCUACCCGGCCGUCGAGGGGACCCUGUGUCUGACGGGCCACCACCUGAUCCUGUCCUCGCGGCAGGACAACACCGAGGAGCUGUGGCUCCUGCAUUCCAACAUCGACGCCAUCGACAAGCGGUUUGUGGGCCCGCUCGGUACGAUCGUCAUAAAGUGUAAAGACUUUCGCAUCAUUCAGCUGGAUAUUCCUGGAAUGGAGGAAUGUUUGAAUAUAGCCAGCUCCAUCGAAGCCUUGUCCACCCUGGACUCCAUUAAGCUGAUGUACCCGUUCUUUUACCGGCCCAUGUUUGAGGUGGUCGAGGACGGCUGGCACUCCUUCCUGCCCGAGCAAGAGUUUGAACUCCACUCUGCCGCUACCAGCGAGUGGAGGCUCAGCUACGUCAACAAGGAGUUCGCGGUCUGCGCCUCCUACCCGCCCAUCGUCGUGGUGCCCAAAGCCGUCGACGACGAGGCGCUGCGGAAGGUGGCUGCCUUUCGCCACGGUGGCCGCUUCCCCGUGCUCAGCUAUUACCACAAAAAGAACGGAAUGGUCAUCCUGCGGAGCGGCCAGCCGCUCACCGGCACCAACGGUAGGCGGUGCAAGGAAGACGAGAAGCUGAUAAACGCCGCCCUCAGGGCGGGCAAGCGCGGCUACAUCGUGGACACCCGGGCCCUCAGCGUGGCCCAGCAGGCCCGGGCCCGAGGCGGCGGCUUCGAGCAGGAAGCCCACUAUCCCCAGUGGCGGCGGAUGCACAAGUCCAUCGAGAGGUACCACAUCCUGCAGGAGAGCCUCGUCAAACUCGUAGAAGCCUGUAACGACCAGUCCCAUAACAUGGACCGAUGGCUCGGCAAACUGGAGGCCUCCAACUGGCUCACGCACAUCAAGGAGAUUCUGACCACCGCCUGCCUGGCCGCACAGUGUGUGGACCGGGAAGGAGCGUCCGUCUUGAUUCACGGAACAGAAGGAACCGAUUCCACGCUGCAGGUGACCUCCCUGGCCCAGAUCAUCCUGGAGCCACGAAGCAGGACCAUCCGCGGCUUCGAGGCCCUGGUGGAGAGAGAGUGGCUGCAGGUGAGGGCGGCGUGCUCACCGGUGGCGGGCGCAGCCCUGCGCCCUCACUGCCGCGUCUCCCGGAGCAACACGGUGCCCGGACGCGCUCGCUACCCCCGGCACCGGCUCCGCCCCCUCCUCUCGCCCGCCCGCGUCACAGCCUCCAGCGCACCCGGGGCGCGGGCCGGGCAGGCGUGGGCUGGAGCGACCAGGCGGACGCUUCAGCCCCUCCCGCCUUCGCCGCCCCGCCGGUCCUCUUCUCCGGGCGGGCAGCUGUCUGAGGUCCCCGAGUGUCGCUGUCCUCGGGAGUCCUCGGGAGCUAGCCCUCCCUCGCGGUGGCUCUUCUGAACUGGGCCCGGACGCAGCGAGGGCAGCGGCCAGCCAGCCCAUGUGUAUCCCCGGCAGCCCGGGCUGUCCGGUGCCGACGGACAGGGCAGCGGCGACCGCGGGUGUCCGUAGGCGGUCACUUAGUCAGCAGCGUGCUGGAAGCGACUGUGCGGCAGCGUCGAGCGUGAGAUCUGGAGAGGGGUCCCGUCUUGUCCCUAGUGGAUACCGUUGUUAUCACGCGUCCUGUUCCGCAGACUACCUGCCCGGUGGCUGACCAUCUCUGCUUGAGUCAGGCCUUCCACGUUAGACACACCUUCCACGUUAGGUGACCCCCUCCGCAGCCACAGCCCUCGAGCGGCACAGCCCAUAGGCCUCCCGGCCUCCGCGUCGCCAUUUUAGUGGGCCUGAGGGUCCGCUGGCCGCUGGGCAGCUCCCUUUGCCAGGUAAAGCAGUAAGAGGGCCCAGAGGAGAGCAGGUGUGUGAGAUUCGGGGACCUGCCAUUGCGGGGAGGUCGGUCCUGGGGUUCUGGGCGAGGUCCAGCUGACCUCCUUUGGUCAGUGGGUGGCAGGCCCUCCCAGCCCUGUUGGGAGAAGGGGCCCGAAGCCGGAGCGUGCCUCUGCCGGGACGCUCACGCGGGUCAGCGAUUCUCUCCCUGUCACAAGGUUUCACACCGCGACUGCCCUGCAGUUUGUCUGUGAGACGCCCACGGCUGUCCACUUAGCGGCAAGGCAGUGGACGCAGCUCCCGGCAGUCCGCUGUUUGGGGUGAAGAGAGGCUGUGACCGACUCUGUCUCGCACCCAAAAGCUUGUCAGCUGGCCUGGGUGACAGCCGCGUGUCGGCGGCUCCUGGGCCUGUCGGUCCUCUGCCUGCUGUCCCAGGGACAGUGCAGGUCCG